AUGGGCGGCUGCCGCGAGGGCGGGCGCGAGCUUCACGGAGCCCUGCCCUCUCCCCGCCGCCUCGGUUCUCCCGCUCGGUAUAGGCCGGCGCCGCGGGCGCCUCCGCCUCUUCCUAGUCUGCCGCGCUGCGCGGUCGUGGGCCUCCCUUCUCCCAACCGUACCGAACUGAGACGACCGGGACUCCGGCCACAGGGCCGAGUGAGCGGCGAUGACUCUGGCCGAGGACCGAACCGAGCAGUACAUUCGCUUCCAUCUCAGCGACUUCUUCCGGAUUGACGUCCUGGAGAUCCUGUCACACCUGCCCUGCCUCACAGUCGCUGACCAGGAUGAGAUUCGAGCCUAUCACGAGCGCCAUGGGAACAGGCACAGUGUGUGGAAGCUCUUUGACCACCUUCGCAAGCGCUCCAACUGGGUGACCUUUCUCAUCACCGCCCUGAACGAGUGCGAGCUGGCAGAUCUCGCCCAGGUCAUCGCCAACGUCUACGCCUCCAACCAGCCCCGGUCCCGAAGCCAUCCUGGAGGCAUCGCCACUCCUGUUCCACCUGUUGUCCCAGACAGAGAAGCACAGGUGUCCCCGAAAACCCCACCACCUCCUGGCACCCCAGGCCCCCACCCCCCCAUCAGUGGGAGUCCGUCCACACAGGCAGCCAGCUCUUUGCCAGAUAGCCUCUUCAAUGGUUACCCAGAGGAAGAGAGGAGAGAGGAAGCUAAGAGAGGCCUCACCGUCCCCAUCCAGGACUCACAGAUGGCUGGGUUCAAGAUAGGGGGCCCAGGGGCAACCCUGAAUCCUGCCCACUCCGGGGACACCUCCAGGAGCCCCCAGAGCUUCCCUGGACACUCUCCUUCCUCAGCUCCUGCCCCUACAGUUACUGGGAAACCCCCCAAGGCUCGUGGAGGAUCGGGUGACAGCUCCCCAGCCUCCGGCCCUCCCAGAGGCCCCAUCUCUCCGGCUGUCUCCUUCCUGCCUCGCUCCACGCACAAGGCCGGCCCGGCCUCUGCGCCUCCGUCGCUCAGUCCAGCCCAGGAGGCCUCCUCGCAGGACCACGAAAAGCUGCCGGGCCUGCCCGCCGCCAGAGAGCCUGCCAGCAGGAUCCCGGGGCCGCCCAAGGCACCAUCAUCAGCCCCGAAGUUCUCCAGCUCUUCCCAGCCUGCUCCUUCCUCGAACUCUGGGCUGCCCCCCUUGGGGCUUUCCAGUGUGGAGGGGGACAUGAGCAGACCUGGGGUGCUUCUGUCAAAUCCGGAGCCCCCCUACUCGGGCGGCUCCGAGCGCCUUUUAUUCGACUCUUUGAGUGGGGGGUCCCUCCCCACCAGCCCCAGCCCAGAGAACGUCCCCGAGGAGAACGACUACUUCUCAGUCACCAACAUGCCUUCCCUUGGGAAACGGGGGGCCAGUGGUUCCCCCAAACAGCCUGGGGGGUCGGAGAGCUCCUCCCUGAGAACCUUUGAGCUCCAAGUUAGUGAGGGGCCCGACGCAGACCUCCACGAGGGCAGUCCUGGGUUAGGCCCCACUCUGGGGACCGCUGCAGCCCCCGCCAGCCCCGGGCCCAGGCAGGGGGGCUCCUGGUGGGCGUGGAUGAACUCGGCCGUGGCCGCGGCGCUCUUCUCUGUGGCCUUGGUCGUCCUGUACAGGCGCAUCCAGAGAUAAGGAGCCUCUGAGGGCCCCCCAGCCAGGCUUGGGGAGAGGCCUUGCACCACUGGACAGGGUGCAGAGCUUGUGGGGGUCGGGGGUGACUGAUGCCCGCGUGCCUCUUUUCUCAUGUGUCCUCGCUCAGUUGUGGCUGACUCUGGGACCCUCCGUGGGGUUUUCUUGGCAAAGAUCCCAGAGUGGUUGGCCAUUUCCUUCUUGUUACAGAUGAGGAAACUGAGGCAGGCGGGCUCAGUGACUUGCCCAGGGUCAUGCAGCUAGGAAGUGUCUGAGAUUAGUGCCUUAGGGCCCUGGGCCUAGAGCUGUGUGUGCAUUCUGCCUAGCCUCCUGCCCCUCCUCAGGCUUCUUGUUCCCACCCAUCCCCGGGCUCCUGGCUCCAGCAGGGCCUGAAUGACCAACCCAGCAGAGAGAGAAGAGCCCCUGGGGAGGCAGCCUCCGAAGCCCCCCUCAGGGAGCCCCAUGACCCUCCCAGCCCGGGUCUGCCCUCUCCGAGCCUGCGAGAGGCCCAGCGGCUCUGGGGGCUGCCUAGAACCCAGGCCCAGGCAGGAAGGCCUCCAUCCCUCCUCCCCUCUGGUCAUGCCCAUCGCUGCCCUGAGCCCACAGAGAGGCCACUGGAUGGGGAGCGGGAAGUCUUGGGCUCCCAUCGGGCUCAGCGCCUUCUCGGGUCCUUGGACGGCCCCUUUUGCCGAGCCUCGGUUUCUUCAGCUGUCAUACAAGGGGAUUAGAUGGGCUCCCCUCAGGCCAGCUGGCCUCAGCCUCCCUCCCAGACCCCCCAGUUGUAGACGCCACCAACAGCUGCCACCGGAGGGAGAGCCGGGCAGCUGGCGGAGCCGCCACCCCCUCCGAUGAGGCCCCCCCACCUCAGGGGGCCCCAGGCUGAGCCGGCAGGGAAGCGGGCUCCCAUCCCCCCAGCAGGCCGGCCCCGAGGGCGCAGUGCCACCAUCUUUCCACCCCACUCCUCUCCUGCCAGCUGCCUGCCUUAGGCGGAGCCUGGGAAUAGCUCGUCUGUAUCUACAAUAAAGCGGUUUGGAGACUCGGA